ACUGCUAGUUUCCGAAGCCCAAGAAACAAAUGCCUGAUGUUUGAUACACAUCCAAACAGGGGCAGACUGACAACUCAUGGGGCCCCCAGGCAAUAGGGGAUCAUGGGGCCCCUGUGUCCUUGCCAAACUCAAAAAAGCCUAUGAAAAAGGUACCAGGGGCAUCUCAAGGGGCCCCCUACUGACCCCGGGCCCUCGGGCAGUGCCCGGGUUUCCAAAUGGUCAAGUCCGCCCCUGGUUCUAA